AUGGAUACAUCUGACUUGCCCACUGCUGAAGGUGCCAGUCCAGUCUACCGAUCCGAGGGUCGAUCGUUGGGUCUUGUCUAUGAAAAUGUCAAGGUCAUUGGAGUGGCCCCUGGGGCCAAUGGAAUUCCAACGCUGCCAGCCCUUCUGGGAACAAUUCUGCAAUGGCCAGUGGACACUGUCGCCCGACUGUGCGGGAGAAAGAACAUUGCCACCCGUGAAAUCCUUCAUGAAGCUUGCGGAGCUCUUUUCCCAGGCGAGACCAUGCUUGCCCUCGGCAGACCUGGAGCCGGAACAUCCACGUUGCUUCAAGUCUUGGCCAACAGCCAUGAAUCCUUCCAGGAAGUCCAAGGGCAGCUCCAGUAUGCCGGUAUAUCCAGCGAGGACAUGGCGCGCUGGUACCGAUCUGAAACGGUGUAUGCCAGUGAAGACGAUAUUCACUUUGCCACAUUACCCGUCAAAGACACAAUGGGAUUCGCAUACCGUCUGAGAAAACCCGCUACCGACUCCAGAUCGGACUCGCAAUUCGCAAUUGAUAUGACAGAUGCUUCACUCAAGUCCGUUGGCAUUGGCCACACUGCCAACACCAUUGUUGGAGACUCUUUCGUGCGGGGAGUCUCUGGAGGAGAGCGAAAGCGAGUCACGCUACUCGAAUCUCUCUCUGUCAACUCCGCUGUCGCCUCGUGGGACAAUCCCACGCGUGGAUUGGAUAGCUCAUCGGCCAGAGAGUUCGUCCAGUUGAUCAGCUCCAUUUCCAAGAAGACCGGCAUGGUGAAUGUGGCUGCCAUGUAUCAAGUGUCUGAAUCGAUUUACGAAUGCUUUGACAAAGUGACUGUCCUCUAUGAUGGCUGGACAAUCUUCUGUGGCAAAGCAUCCGAUGCGAAAGAAUACUUCAUUCGCCUUGGAUAUGAAUGCCGACCCCGUCAAACUACGGCAGACUUUCUGACUUCGGUCACCUCCCCGGCCGAGCGGUUGAUUGCACAGGGCCGCGUCGGCAUGGUGCCUACCGAUCCCCAGGCUUUGGCAGUGGCAUUUCGCGAAAGCCCGGAGUUCCAUCAACUGCAAGAAGAAAUCCAGCGAUAUAGGAACGAGAUCGCCAAAGAUACAGCGCUCAUGAUGAACUUCCGUGACGAUGUGAAGCAGACUCGAUCCCAGCUAGUUCCACGAUCAGCAAUUGCACCAAGCACUUUCUGGAAACAGAUAUGGACAGCGAUGCUUCGACACUACCAGCUGAUUUGGGGUGACAAGCGGACGCUUUUCACACUCAUUGCGUUCAAUGUUGUGAAUGCCGUGAUCAAUGGAUCUGUUUACUACAUGGCUCCAAAAGACUCUGCCGGGUCUUAUGAGAAGAGCUCUGCUUUGUUCUUUUCGCUCAUCUACUUUUUCCUCAACGCCAUGGCCGAGGCCACUUCAACUAUCCGCUCACGGUCAGUCCUUUUGAAGCAGGUCCAAUAUGGCUUCAUUCAUCCGAGCGCUUUUGUUAUUGCACAAACAAUCGCCGAGAUUCCGAUAUCGUUCUUCCAUUGUCUGGUGUUUUCAUGCUGUUACUAUUGGCAAAUUGGACUGCAGCAAACUGCCUCUGCCUUUUGGAUCUUUGUCUUGCUUGUCUUCGUCCAUUAUUCGGCUGUGCAGAGUCUGUUCAGAAUGCUGGGUGCUUGGGCCCCCAAUGUCUCUCUCGCGUUGAUGAUGGCUGGAAGUGCAAUCCCUGUGGGCCUGAGCUACUCUGGAUUCGGUCCAACUCUUCCAACACAGCAUCGAUGGGGAUCAUGGCUUCGACGUGCAUCACCUUCUCCGUGGGCUCUGGAAGCAUUGAUUGCAAAUGAGUUCGCAGGCAUUACAUUGACAUGUUCCGACGCCGAUAUGGUUCCAAAUGGCUCGGGAUACACCGAUCUCCAGUACCAAACGUGCAGUAUCACAGGCAGUGAAAGGGGUCACCAAUCAGUCCCUGGGCCUGUCUAUUUGGACCAACACUUUGGAUUCACAAGAGCGCAUCUUUGGCGAGACUUCGGUAUCAUUCUGGUCAUGUGGUUCUUGUAUACCGUCAUUGGCAGCAUCGGGUUACGGAUCAUGACCAGGGAGUCAGGCGGCUCUCGGGGUCGCGUUUUCAAGAAAACCAAGCAGCGCGACAUUGAGAAUGACACCAAGUCAUCCGCUUCGUCUUCUACCGCCAUGUCUGCGUCUGCGUCUGUUUCUGGCGAUCGCCAGGCGAAUGCCUCCAACACCUUCACCUUCGACAACGUCAGCUACUUCGUGUCUCUUGACAGAAAGGAAAAGCAGUUGCUGAACAGCGUUAGUGGCUAUGCCAAAUCAGGCCAGCUGACAGCGCUGAUGGGUGCCUCUGGAGCUGGAAAGACGACACUUCUGGAUACUCUAUCCCAGCGGAAGAGCGAGGGACGGGUCGAGGGACAAAUGACUCUCAACGGAAAGCCGCUCGAAGCAUCAUUCGCACGAAGCUGUGGCUUUGUCAUGCAGCAAGACGUUCACGAGCCAAACAGUACGGUCACGGAGGCUCUCCUCUUUUCAGCUCACAUGCGACAGCCAAUGCAUGUAUCCGCAGAGGAAAAGGCAGCAUAUGUUGCGCACAUCAUCCACCUCUUAGACUUGGAGCCCAUUGCCAAUGCAUUGAUCGGGCAAGCGGGCGAUGGACAAUUGAGUGUCGAAGAGCGCAAACGGGUGACGAUUGGCGUCGAGCUCGCAGCCCGGCCAAGCUCCCUUUUGUUCCUGGACGAGCCAACGUCUGGACUCGAUAGUCAGGCAGCAUUUGCUCUGGUUGAAUUCCUUCAAAGAAUUGCCGCCGAGGAUAUUCCUAUCAUUUGUACCAUUCAUCAGCCAUCCGGUGUUCUCUUUGAUAUGUUCGACCAUGUCUUGCUGCUCGCGCCUGGUGGUAAAACCGUUUACUUUGGUGAGACUGGACCAAACUCGUCCCAAGUCGUGGAAUAUUUCAGCCGACACGGUGUCACCAUUGAUGAAAACGUGAAUCCAGCCGAGUUCAUUCUCUCUGUCGUCACUGAAAAGGGCGAGGGUGCUCGAGAUUGGCCCGCUUUGUGGAACAACUCCCCUGAGUGCCAGACGCUGGCUGCUACUAUUCAAAAUAACAAUCUCCCGCUGACUGAAGAUGCGAAGGCAUCUCCGGACAAAGACAUAGCCCCAACAGGAAAUGCAAAUGCUCAGUAUGCAUUGCCGCUAUGGGCGCAGACGGUGGCAGUCACCAAAAGGCAUUGGAUCUCCGUCUGGCGAGAUGGCAAUUACAACUUCAGCAAAGUGGCCAAGUCUCUCUUCGUCGAGAUCUUCUUAUCCUUCACCUUCUUCAAGGCCGGGAACACACUCCAGGGUUUACAAAACAGCAUGGUGGCCAUUCUUCUUCUCGCCUGGGUUGUCCCGAGCGUUUGCGCCGACAUCCAAGACAUGUGGUUCCGGAAAUGGGACAUCUUCACAGCCCGCGAGAAGAACGGUAUCUACGAUUGGAAGGCUCUGGUCACUGCCCUGGUGGCUGUCGAGCUACCCUGGCAACUCGGCACAUACAGUUUGAUCUUCCUAGUGAGCUAUUGGACUGUCGGAUUCCCCAAUGAAACCUCCAUCGCCGGCUUCAACUACUUCAUGUGGCUGCUACUGGCUAUUUUCGGCACGAGCUACUCGCAACUACUGGCUGCUAUGUUUUCCAAUACGACCAUGGGAAGCUACGCCAACUCAUUAUUCUGGGUAAUUCUCAUGGUCUUUUCAGGCGUCUUGACUCCUCACUCCAACAUGAACACGUUCUAUCGUCCAUGGAUCUUCUGGGCAGACCCGAUGCGCUACUUCUUCGGAGCCACGGUGGGCACCUCCCUGCACAACGUCUCGGUGGUCUGUGAGCCGAGUGAGCUCACAAUUUUCGAUCCUCCCACUGAUCAGACUUGUGGCUCAUAUGCGCAAAAAUUCCUCGAAACGAGCUCGGGGUAUCUUCUCAACGCCAACGCCACUCAGAGCUGCGAGUAUUGUCAGUACUCGGUUGGCGACAAUUACCUGGCUACUUUGGAUUAUGCCUACAGCGAGCAUUGGUGGAAUUGGGCGGUUUUCCUCGGCUUCUGUAUCACUAAUCUUCUGUUGCUGCUUCCUAUCAUGUGGUGGACGAAGGGCCGUCUUCAGCGCCGUGUUUGA